UUGGAGAUGGCUAUAUUGUCACAAUGAAGAUCAAAUCCCUGAGGGACGACCUGCUUCCUGACCUGAACCCUGUGGAGCAGUUCUUCCAGGGGAACUUCCCAGGCAGCGUGCAGAGGGAGAGGCACUACAACAUGCUCCAGUUCCAGGUCUCCUCCUCCUCCCUGGCGAGGAUCUUCCAGCUCCUCCUCUCCCACAAGGACAGCCUGCUCAUUGAGGAGUACUCGGUCACACAGACCACACUGGACCAGGUGUUUGUGAACUUUGCUAAACAGCAGACUGAAAUUCAUGACCUCCCUUUGCACCCUCGAGCUGCCGGAGCCAGCCGACAAGCCCAGGACUGAUCUUUCACACCACUCAUUCCUGCAGCCGGAAAGGAACUCUGGGCAGCUGGAAGCACAGGAGCCUGUGCCCAUAUAGCCUUCCAAAUAGACUGGCCAGCAUAAAUGACCCCACUGCAGCAGAAAACAAACACAUGAGGAUCUUGCAGCGAAUUCAGAGGAGGUUCUUUCAGAAGGCAACCGAAACUGACUUGCUCACCUGGAACACCUGGUAGUGAAGCCAAACAAAUGCAAAAUCCUUUUUCUCUGGACCACAGAACUAGAAACCUCAGGCCAUCCCAUAGCAGCUUUGGCCUCCACGUUGCGCUCAUUUCAAGCGGAUCUGCUUUUCUGUGUGUUUGUCUGUGUGUCUUUGUGUGUCUGAUUUUCAUGAAAAAAUAAAAUGCAAAUGCACUAAUCACAAACUA